CGUCUGCGUCCGGGCGGAAGCCGCCGAGCAUCCUGCCCAGGUGAUGAGGGACGAUCCGCGCGCCCCGCGCACCGGGCUGCCGCCGCUGGACGCCUCCAUUGUUUGACCACAACAAGGGCCGGCGCUCCCAGACCUGCAGAUCCAAGAGACGUCCCUCCAGAAGACAGAGAAGGGAGCUGUUUCCUCAGGACCAGAAGAGGUUUGUGAAGACCAGUGGACUGCCCUUGUUGGGCUUUCCCAGGAGCAAGGCGCACCAGCCGGGAGUCCCAGGAGCUGCUUGUAGGAAGGUUUUCUGUCUGAUGUGGAGGAGGCAGAACGACACACUGACUCUUCCCAGGGAGGCUGCAGGGGCUCACGACCAGCCGGCGCCAUCUCACCCUGGAAAUCCGGGGACACACUGUGUAGACCUUUCUCUAGAUGUGAGAAGUACGAGAUUGCUCCCCAUGAGGAAGAUUCUGGGGGCCUAGACACACAGAGGUUUGCACCUUGGCAGCCCCUUGGAAUGUUGAAAACUCAGGAUCUAAAAGAAGUUCUCUGUUAAUGAGUUACAGAAUUGAUGUGGAAGUCAAUGUCACUUUAUAAUCAGUAGGAACACUGAGUGAGGAACACUAUGCAGGAAGAAACCUUCCGUAGAAAGACAGGCAGGGAGAAGCUUAGGUUGACCUUCAGCUUGCCCUGUAGAGCAAGCCUGAGAUAGACUGCCAGCAUGGCCAAAUGAGAGACUUGAUGAAGUAGCAAGCCUGUAACCGGAGUAGCUGUAAGGAAAUUUUCUCCUCUAAAUCACGAUACCAAAUAGGAAAAAUGAUCUACAAGUGCCCCAUGUGUAGGGAAUUUUUCUCUGAGAGAGCAGACCUUUUUAUGCAUCAGAAAAUCCACACAGCUGAGAAGCCCCAUAAAUGCGACAAGUGUGAUAAGGGUUUCUUUCACAUAUCAGAACUUCAUAUUCAUUGGCGAGACCACACAGGAGAGAAGGUCUAUAAGUGUGAUGAUUGUGGCAAGGAUUUUAGCACUACAACAAAACUCAACAGACAUAAGAAAAUCCACACAGUGGAGAAGCCCUAUAAAUGUUACGAGUGUGGCAAAGCCUUCAAUUGGAGCUCCCACCUGCAAAUUCAUAUGAGAGUUCACACAGGUGAGAAGCCCUAUGUCUGUAGUGAGUGUGGCAGGGGCUUCAGUAAUAGUUCAAACCUUUGCAUGCACCAGAGGGUCCACACGGGCGAGAAACCCUUCAAAUGUGAAGAGUGUGGGAAGGCCUUCAGGCACACCUCCAGCCUCUGCAUGCAUCAGAGGGUCCACACCGGAGAGAAGCCCUAUAAAUGCUACGAGUGUGGGAAGGCCUUCAGCCAGAGCUCCAGCCUCUGCAUCCACCAGAGAGUGCACACGGGAGAGAAACCCUAUAGGUGUUGUGGCUGUGGGAAGGCCUUCAGCCAGAGCUCCAGCCUCUGCAUCCACCAGAGAGUACACACAGGAGAGAAACCCUUUAAGUGCGAUGAGUGUGGGAAGGCCUUCAGCCAGAGCACUAGCCUCUGCAUCCACCAGAGAGUGCACACCAAGGAGAGAAACCAUCUCAAAAUAUCAGUUAUAUAAAAUGUUUUGCUAAGAGUUAAAAAUCUUAAAACCCAUAAGUGCCACUAGGAAGGAAACCCUGUAUAUACGUACAUUGACCCAAGACAGAUUGACAGCAGUCCCCAGCAAAUCGCUCUUUGAAGAGGCUUAGGUGAGGUUCAUUUUUUGGUUCAUUGACUCAUGCCAAGUGUGUUCCACAUCUUGACUUCGAACGUAGGAGCUGUCUGAGCACGUGCCCCAGACAGGCUCUCGCGUCCCAGUCACAGAUGUGCACUUCCUGGGGCUGGCACGAUGCCUCGGUAGUUGAGAUGCUGCCCAAAGCCUGGGAGCAGGGCCCGGCCUCCUGAGCCGCCUUCAGCCUGCUGUCCUGAGAAGUGACCCGGUGUUCCCGUGGGAGCUCCCAGCCCUUUCUUUCUCUUGAUCCCCCUCCUGGUCAGUGCGUUUGAAGAGAGACAGCUCCCACUCUGAGCACGUUUUGGUGUUCCUGAGGUAGCCGUGUGACUCAGCUCCGUAGCUUUCCAUGUGUCCCAUUAUUUCUGCACCCACUUUACCUCAUGUCCUCAAAUACCCACCCCUUCCUAGAUGGCAUUCAGUUUUAGAUUUUAGGUGACACAUACCUACUCCCUUGGCCUAUCAGAAGUCACUGGCAGGCAUACAUGCUCUGGAACUUUAGUUUUGUGGAUUCUGCUAAAUCACUGUGUCUCCAUCGUAGUCUUAUUUUCUAGUGGCUGCACCACGUAUUUUGAACUUGAAUUUUUUUAAGGGGGAAUUGCUGAGUAAGUAGCAGGAGGCAGAAGCAAGCAGAGUGUGAACUUGUAUCCCUCCAGAGUUGUGCCCUGGAGCUUUCUUUGUAACAUGGGGUGCUUCUUCCGAGCCAGGGGAAGCCGUAGGAGAAGGGGGUGAUAGGGGAGUCCCUCUGGGUCAUGUCACUGUUCUGACACCUUGGGCAGUAAUGUGGAGGCGUCCUCGGGUACUGUGUACCAGUUCCUUUUUAGGUAUGAGGUGUCUGUUCUCAUUCUGUCAUCCUUUGCAUUCCUCACUCAGCAAAUAUUUAGUGAACACCUGGGUGCCGGGCACUGUGCUGGGUGUCGGACAUACCGCUGAGUCAGACAGACGAGGUCCCUGCUCUCGCUGAGUUUAUUUCUGGUGGAGAACACAAAUGAUAAGUAAACAAAUAAUGUAGUUUGAGGUAGUGGUUAAGUGCUAUGAAGAAAAUAAACUAGGGUGGUGACGUAGAGUGGGGGGUGGGGGUGGGCGGCGUUAGCUGGGGUCAGGGAGGGCCCUGCGGGGGCUGCUGAGCUGGCCACAGGGUGCCCGGCGCCAGCUGCCCCGCAGGGGCUGCUUGCUGGGGGGACAGGAGGACGGCCAGGCGCCGGGUAAGGGGGGCGCACACGGAAGUCUGCUGAGCCAUGCGGCAGCCUGACAGCUGUGGGCCUGUUGUUUUGUUUGUUUCGUUUUGGUUUUACUAGAUUGGUAUUAAAACUCGUUGGGGGAACUCAAGGAAUGUUUAGAAGACCAAAAGUCCCCAACGACAAGAACGAAGGCAACCGAUUCUCCCCUUAGUUUUGCUUCUCAUUCCUGUUUCAUUGAUUUCCCACAUGCAGCCCUCACGCUCAGGAAGUCUUUGGGGGAAAUUAAGGAUCUGUGAAGCCCUGAAGUGGGUGGUCAGGUUGGUAGUCUGUCCGCUGUACGAGGCAGGAAAUGAAUUUCUCAAAAUAGUUACCAAAAUACUGAAACUCAUUUGAUUUUUUUUCUCGCCAUGUUUGACUCAGUUCCUUCUGUUUGACUGGAAGGGGUUUUUGUAUAACUGAAACCUCAGCGCAUAAGAAGGUUUCGAAAGGAGCACAGUGUGGUGGGUGGGCUGUGGAACUCAGAUGGGAUAAAUUUGUCCGUCUCUGGGGAUGAGCCCAGUGUCUGCUAACAAGCCUUGGUCAGUCGCCUCACACUCCUCUCCACGGAGAAAGGCAGCGUAGUCACUUGCUGGAGCCCCUUCCAGGCCUGCAGGCCACGAUGUGAUUUACUGUAGCGUCUCAUCGCUCUUCAUGUCAAGGUAGCGUGGAGCAGUAGAGAAAAGCCUAGACUUUUAGUUGCUAGCGAGCCAGUUGAAAUAUCAUUGAUAGAAUUUUAGUUUUAGGAAAAAUUGGUUUGAUUUCUAGCUUUAUUACUAUUAGGUAUGUGAGCUUGGGCAAAUCGCUUAAUCUUUGAGUCUAGUUUUCUCACCAAAUGAGGAUAUUAGGCUAAAUGAUUUCCGAGUUUCCAGCUAGUCCUAGAGUUCUAUAUUUCUACAUAGUUGAAUUAUUUUAUCAUGCUGUUGCUGGGGAAUAUGACUAACACUUUUGAAGCUACUAAUUUUAUGUCAAGCUUUAAAGUCCAUAAUUGUUAUCUUCAGAAAAUAUUAUUUGACCUACAGUAUGUCCAAAUCAAUUUAAUAAAAUCACUUUAUAACAGGGCUUCA